CUUGACGCCAAGAGUUACCGUUGGCAAAAAGUUAAUUCCGGCCUGCUCCAACCACCGUCCAUCCGUCCGUGAUUACAAUUCGAUGUCGUCCCGUCCGCGCUGGAGAGGGAGUUGGCAGGAACGAGGGCGGGAUUGAAUCGACUCGUCAAGCAAUUAUCGAAGCCUCCGUGCCUUUUCCCCCCCGCUUCGCUUUCGGUCGGGCUCCGCCGUUGAAGCACAAUGACGAGUGUGACCCCUUCAACCAGCCUUCCCAGGUGCCUGUAAUGACCCCACACGCACACCUCUCAAAGGCAAAGCAUUGGCAUUCCAGCAGCAAGGGGGCAGAGGCGUGGUGCCAGUGCCACAGAUAAAGAGGGAGGGGGAAAAGAGAGAUAGGUGAGGAGGCCUGGACGCCAUUGAUGUCGUAGCAGAGAGGUCAGGUCAAGUCAGUCUCCUGUAUAGCCACAAGAAACCAGGAGAGGCCGAGGAAGCAACUAUGGAGCCUGCGAGGCGGGGAGGAAGAGGAGCCAUGCUGCCGCUCCUCGGCGCUCUGCUUCUUGCAUUGGCCGCCGGUGUGAGCGCGUGGCCUCACGACGGCGCCGUCGGCCAUGGCGCCGUUGGCUUUGCCUCCGGGGCCGGCGGGGAGCGGCGGUACAGGGAUCUCGCGCAGCGGAGGAUGGAGAGCGUCAGAUCUUCCUUCGGGGCGACGAGGAGAGAUUUGGCAACGGCCUCGGCGGGCGCGCGGGUGUACCACGUGACGGACUACGGGGCGGACCCCACGGGCGCCGCCGACGCGACGGACGCGAUCAACAAGGCCAUCGCCGACGCGUUCCGGGCGCCGUCCAACGCCACCAUGACCGGCGGCAUCCCGGACCUCGGCGGCGCGGAGGUGCACCUCGACGGCGGCACGUACCUCGUCAAGGCGCCCCUCACGCUGCCGGCCUCCGGCGGCGGCAACUUCCGGAUCCACGGCGGGUCGCUGCGGGCCUCCGACGACUUCCCGACGGACCGCUACCUGAUCGAGCUCUCCGCCAAGGGCAGCUCCCGGAGCUACGACUACGAGUACGCCACGCUGCGCGACCUGAUGCUGGACUGCAACUACCGCGGUGGUGGCGUGUCGUUGGUGAACUCGCUCCGCGUCGGCAUCGACAACCUCUACGUCGUCCACUUCAACUCCGACGGCGUCGCGGUGAGCGGCGGCCACGAGACGAUGAUCCGGAACAGCUUCCUGGGCCAGCACAUGACGGCCGGGAGCGACCCCGGGGAGCGGCGGUUCACGGGCACGGGCAUCCGGCUCGACGGCAACGACAACUCCGUCACCGACGUCGUCAUCUUCUCCGCGGCGACGGGGAUCAUGGUGACCCGGCCAGCCAACUCCAUCUCUGGCGUGCACUGCUACAACAAGGCCACCGGGUUCGGCGGCAUGGGGAUCUACUUCAAGAGCCCCGGGCUGACGCAGGCGUGGAUCAGCAACUGCUACAUGGACUACACCAGCAUCGUGGCCGAGGACCCCGUGCUGCUCCACGUGUCGGGCUCCUUCUUCCUCGGCGACGCCAACGUCGUGCUCAAGGCCGUCAACGGCGUCGCCAGGGGCGUCCAGGUUGUCGGCAACAUCUUCAGCGGCCGGGACAAGGGCGUCGACAUCGUCCAGCUGGACGGCAAGUUCGCCACGGUGGAUCAAGUGUACGUGCAGCAGAACUCGGCGACGGGGAUGGCGGUGAAAUCCACGGCGGCGCGCGGGUCGGCGGAGGGGAACGGGAGCUCGUGGACGGUGGACUUCGCGGACGUGCUGCUGUUCCCGGACCGUAUCGGCCACGUGCAGUACUCGCUCGUCGCCGGCAACGAGUUCCCGGGGCACACGCUCCGGAACGUCUCCGGCAACCAGGUCGUCGUCGCCACGGACAAGGCCGUCUCGGCCACCGUCCACGUGCUCGUCGACCAGAACACCAACUGAGAGAUAGUGUGCGUGCGUGCGUGCCUGCUGCUGCCUGCUCGCGAGACUGCUGCGAGCAAGGCGUGAUUCAUUCGUUUCCUCCUCCUUCUUCUUAUCCUUACAAGAUUCAGCCAUUCAUGUUAUGUCGUCACUCGUCAGGGAUCCAAGUCGUUCGAUCGAGAAAAAUGCUCCAGAAUGGAUCAUUUUUUGCUGUCUGAAAUGAAAUGUCUCAAAAGCUUUGAGCGUAAUGCAUGGCUUGACCAGCCACUUAAACUUGCA